AUGGACACCCUCCCAACAGAAACUCUGCAGCGAAUAUUCGAGUUUGCCUGCACCGAUGGAGGAUAUACAGGACACUCCCUCUCACUCGUGUCGCAGGCCAUCCGCGAAAUCGCGCGCACGACGCGCUUCCACUCCGUUGCCCUCGCCGCCAGCCCUCGCCGCCUCCAGGCGUUUGUCCGCCUAUACGAGCGCGAGUGCGACCCCGCGCGCGGGUACAAACCUCGUAUCCAACACCUCCAUGUGACGUUUCCCCGCAUAUUGCGCCGCGACCCACGCACUAUCGAUGGAGCGUGGGCGCCCCGGAGGCGCUCGCUUUCUCCCCCACCUCGGCCUUUGCCUUCAGCUACCCCUUCCUCGCCGUCAUACCGCUUGAGACCGAUUCUACCCUCGAACUCUGCUGGGCACGCGACUGGAGAUCUUGUCGGUACGUCUGCUGCAAUGGCGCCACAGCACACUCCCCAGCGCGAGAUGCAGCCACCUCUUCAGGCGGAAGCUGUGGCAGCACCUCCGAUCACGUCUCGUACCUCUAGGGCAUUACCAGCUCUUCCUCGGCGUACGUCCGACACUGAAGGGAACGUCGCGCCACGGCUGGAUGACAACCCCUUUCAUCCGCCUUCAGGCGCUACUAGUCGGGACCCGACAACCUCCCCGGAAUACCGCAAUGCAGCACAAACAUUGUUCCGGCUGGUCGCGUCCGACCUGGUGACCCUUGUCGUGCAAAGCGGCUUCACCUCUGGAGGGACCUUGCACCUCCCCAUCAUAGAUCGCCCAUUCCCUCGCUUGUUGGAAGCGGCAUUUGUAGGAAUGGAAUACCCGCACGCGCUCCUCUCGGACGAGUCAGACGGUACGAAGACCGCCACGGCGCCCCUCUUCCCUGCGGUGACGCACCUCUAUGUCGCCCCCUGGAGCAGCUGGGAGCUCUGCCUCCCGUUCUGGUCCACGAAUGCUCCGCACGUCGCGUAUCUCAGCAUAUCGCAUGCGAACAACUACAUCAACGAGAUCGCGGGCGCCAUGGGGGUACGGGUCGAACCCGUCCGGUCGCAGUGGGGGUGGGACUCUGACUCUGACUCGGAGCCUGGCUCACCAUCAUCCCUUGUCGACCCAAAGGCCCCUUUGGUGCCGACGUAUCCCAGCGUGCGGCACCUUCUGCUUCAGCCGGGCCCGGGCCCCAUAGGUGCGAGGUGCGGGGGCCCGUGGAUGGGCCAUCACAAGACGAUGCAGAUGUUGAGACAGGUGGAGCGGAGCUGCCAGGCUGUUGGCGUCAAGACUGUCGAGGUCGCUGCGCCGAAGGACAACAAAUUCGGCGUCUACUAUGAGCGGGCUCGCCGUGGGUGGUUGGACAGGAUAGACGACGGCAGUGACGAGGCGGGCUUUUGGGGAGAUAUGGCCGUCCCCCUUGGAAUGGCGUUGGGGUAGAGCCUCCGUCGCGCUCUACCCCCCUUUUCAGAGCGUGUAUUCCAAAAGCUCCGCGAAGUGCCAGUGGAUCACUCACCCUAGGUACCGUGUCUUGGGAGACCGGAUAUUUCGAUAUUCUGCUAGUGCUAUGGAUGUAUGGUCGCGUUCGAGUUGAAUUAUUGUGUUACGUGGUGAGAUCC